GCAGGGACAUGUCUCGGGAGCUGCAGGACGUGGACCUCGCCGAGGUGAAGCCUUUGGUAGAGAAAGGGGAGACCAUCACCGGCCUCCUGCAAGAGUUUGAUGUUCAGGAGCAGGACAUCGAGACCGUGCAUGGCUCCAUCCACGUCACGCUGUGUGGGACCCCCAAGGGCAACCGGCCCGUCAUCCUCACCUACCACGACAUUGGCAUGAACCACAAAACCUGCUACAACCCCCUCUUCAACUCUGAGGACAUGCAGGAGAUCACACAGCACUUCGCCGUCUGCCAUGUGGAUGCCCCUGGCCAGCAGGACGGCGCUGCCUCCUUCCCUGUGGGGUACAUGUACCCCUCCAUGGACCAGCUGGCCGAGAUGCUUCCUGGAGUCCUCCACCAGUUUGGGCUGAAAAGCAUCAUUGGCAUGGGAACUGGAGCAGGCGCCUACAUCCUCACUCGGUUUGCUCUGAACAACCCCGAGAUGGUGGAGGGCCUCGUCCUUAUCAACGUGAACCCUUGUGCAGAAGGCUGGAUGGAUUGGGCUGCAUCCAAGAUCUCCGGGUGGACCCAAGCCCUUCCAGACAUGGUGGUGUCCCAUCUCUUUGGGAAGGAGGAAAUGCAGAACAACGUGGAGGUGGUCCACACUUACCGCCAGCACAUCGUGAAUGACAUGAACCCCGGCAACCUGCACCUGUUCAUCAACGCCUACAACAGCCGACGGGACCUGGAGAUCGAGCGGCCGAUGCCCGGAGCCCACACAGUCACCCUGCAGUGUCCUGCUUUGUUGGUGGUUGGGGACAGUUCUCCUGCUGUGGAUGCUGUGGUGGAGUGCAACUCAAAAUUGGACCCAACCAAGACCACUCUCCUCAAGAUGGCAGAUUGUGGUGGCCUCCCGCAGAUCUCCCAGCCAGCCAAGCUUGCCGAGGCCUUCAAGUACUUCGUGCAGGGCAUGGGAUACAUGCCCUCAGCCAGCAUGACCCGCCUGAUGCGCUCCCGCACGGCCUCUGGCUCCAGCGUCACAUCCCUGGAGGGUGCCCGCAGCCGCUCCCACACCAGCGAGGGCACCCGCAGCCGCUCCCACACCAGUGAGGGUGCUCGCCUGGACAUCACCCCCAACUCUGGAGCCACCGGCAACAAUGCCGGGCCCAAGUCCAUGGAGGUGUCCUGCUAGACGGCCUGCACCUUGGCCGCCC